AUGCCAGAGUUUAUCUUGGAAAAGUCCAGGGAAGCGAUGGAAUAUAAUGAGGCACACUUCAGAGUCGGUGGGACCAAAUUGUACUUCCCCACCGCCAGAGUGGUGCUUUUGAGACCUAAUGCAAAGCUUACACCGUACCAGGCCAAAUUCAUUGUGCCAAAGUCUUUCAACAAGUUUGAUUUGAGAGACUACUUGUGGCACUUGUACGGUAUUAGAGCCUUGAAGAUUACCACACAGUUGCAGCACGCCAAAUGGACCAGAGGACCGUUGGAUAGAGCCAGAUUCAGAGACUCACAGAUCAAGAAGAUGACCAUCGACUUGGAAGAGCCGUUUGUGUGGCCAGAACCGUACGCCGCAUACGAGUUGAACUCCAAGCAGAACGAGUAUGAGAUGAAGAAGUUCUCCAGUUUGUUUCAGAGCGUUGGGUCUGACAAGGGUAGACCUACCGGUGCCUUUGAUGGUUUGUUCGACAGAGAGGCUGACUCUGUUAACUUUUUAGCCAAGAAGACCAAGCGUGUCUUGGUCAAGGACCAGAAGAAGUUGAAGAAGUCCGAGGAUAGGGAGAACCAAAAGGCGAUUGCUGCUAAGUUGUUGGGCUUGAAGCACUAA